AUUUUACGUGGCCUCGACUCGCGAUUGAGUUGUGAGUUUUAAUAAACGUUUUCUGUAAAUCUCCAGAGGAAAAUGAAUCGCAUAUUCGGUCGAGGAAAGCCUCAACAGCCUGCUCCUAACAUGUCUGACAUGAUAUCCAAGGUCGACGAAAGAGGAGACAAUAUUGAGAAAAAAAUCAGCAAAUUGGAUGUUGAGUUGAAAAAAUACAAAGAUCAAAUGGCCAAAAUGCGGGAAGGUCCAGCUAAAAAUGCAGUGAAGCAAAAAGCUCUUCGAGUGCUCAAGCAAAAAAAAAUGUAUGAACAACAAGCUGGUAAUUUGCGUCAACAGUCAUUCAACAUGGAACAGGCUAACUAUGCCACACAAACGUUGAAAGAUACACAAUCUACGGUGAAAGCCAUGCAAAUGGGUUUAAAAGAAAUGAAAAAAGAGUUUAAGAAGAUAAAUAUUGAUCAAGUUGAGGAUAUCCAAGAUGAUAUGGCUGAUAUGCUUGAACAAGCUGAUGAAGUCCAAGAAGCCCUUGGUAGGAGCUAUGGAACCCCUGACAUUGAUGAAGAUGAACUGGAAGCUGAACUGGAAGCUCUGGGCGAUGAAAUGCUUGGAGAUGAAGAUUCAUCUUAUCUUGACGAUGCGAUCAAGGCUCCGUCAGCGCCAGACAGGGAACCAGGAGCUGAAAGCGUUAACGUGGAUGGCGUUGCUGUGGAUGAAUUUGGAUUACCAAAGAUUCCUGCCUCUUAACGAGUACAUUAUUUGCUGUCUUGUAUAUGCCGUCUCCGGUGAACUAUGUUUAUGCACCUGUAUGAAUGGAAAUCCUACGUUACACUUAAUUACACGAGUAAGACUUGUA